UACGCCGUCUCCAGGCGGCACAGUGACGACCGAGUCCGCUAUGGAAUAUUCAAAUUGAUUAGAGAUUUUUUUUAUAUUUUUGUUAUUAUCUUAUAUAUUUUGUGACAUGCUAUGCUGUGGCGGGUGAGGAGCACCAGUGAAGGCACCACCAUGUAUGAUGGGGGCGACAUGACACCAAAAUGAUGAUGACAGGAUGAUGCUCCAAAUGUGUGAGCUGCAAGAUGGCAGCAGCCUUUGAAAGUGCUCAAACACCUCUUCCACGCCAAUAUCCUCUGGUAAAGCACCAUCAUGGCUUUUUGCAAUGAAAGCCUGUUGGAGGGGUGCGACCUCAUGGAGCCGGAUGAUGUCAUUGAAACCGCAAAAAGCCCCUCAUCUGACCCCGGGCCUCCUCUCAUAUCGGUCACAUUGCGUGUGACUCUGGCUGCCAUCAUGAUCUUUAUGAUCACCAUCGGUUUCCUGGGCAACUCCAUCGUAUGCCUGAUCGUCUACCAGAAGCCGGCCAUGCGUUCUGCCAUCAACCUCCUCCUCGCCACGCUGGCCUUCUCGGACAUCAUGUUGUCGCUCCUCUGCAUGCCCUUCACCGCCGUCACACUAGGAAGCGGCGACUGGAGCCUCGGGAGUGGAUUCUGCCGUGCCUCCAUCAUGCUCUACUGGCUCUUUGUCUUAGAGGGCGUGUCCAUACUCCUCAUCAUCAGCGUGGAUCGUUUCCUCAUAAUUGUACAGCGCCAGGAUAAGUUGACGCCACAUAGAGCUAAGGUCUUGAUCACAGGUUCAUGGAUGUUGAGUUUAUGCAUCUCCUUACCGUCUGUCGUGGGCUGGAGGACAGGCGCUGCCGACAUAGGGGAUGCCUGGGCACCGCAGUGCGUUCUGGGUUACAGCGAAUCCGUGGCUGACAGAGCCUACGCUGUUCUUUUGGCGGCGGCGGUCUUCUUCGCUCCCUUUUCCGUCAUGCUCUACUCUUACUUGUGCAUCCUCAACACGGUGCGGCACAAUACCCUGCGCGUCCACAGCCACGGCAGCGAGCCUUCUUGCCUGCCGGCUCUCAACCAAGUCAGCAAAAGGAGGCUCAUCGGUCUGCAGAGACACCCCCACAUUAAAGUGGACAUGAGCUUCAAGACCAGGGCCUUCACCACCAUCCUCAUCCUCUUUGUGGGCUUCUCGGCAUGCUGGCUGCCUUACACUGUGGUGAGCCUGCUGGCCGUCUUCAGCCGCCGCUUCUACUACAGCCCGGCCUUCUAUCCCAUCAGCAUAGGCGCCUUGUGGCUCAGCUACCUGAAGACGGUCUUCAACCCCAUCAUCUACUGCUGGAGGAUCCGGAAGUUCAGAGAGGCCUGUCAAGAGUUUGUCCCAAAGAGCUGCCGUCUGUGUCCGAGGGUGGCGGGACGGAGCAGAAGGAGGGUGCGACCCAGCAACAUUUACAUCUGCAGCGAGACACAAUCUGCUGUCUGAAAGGCACAAGAUGGCCACUUUUUGUCUUCAAUAUGAUGGUGGCCAUGGCGUCUGACAGUAAAAACAACCACAUUGUCCAAUGUCAAUUUUCUCUCCUGCUUGUGAUAUUUCAUCAUCAGUGGUGUGUUGUUUUUGACUCCAUUAAUCAACAUUGGGCCUCAGUGGUGACUGGGAUGGGCAUUUUACUCAAUUUUCCCUGAUCUACUGAUUUAUAAUUAAUUGAUAAAAAAUCAAUUAAUUAUUGACUCGCUUUCUGAAUCUCAACUCUCAAGUAUCGAGCAGAAUAAUGUUACUGGAAAAGGUCUGCGUGGAUGUAGUUUGACACCUACAUACUGUAGUAUGUCUUAUCAUAAGACAGCCAACCUGUUAAGACUGAACCCAACUCUCCAUCUCCCACUCAGUUGCUUUUAGGGGCCAUAAAUCAACAAUCAUUUCCACUAAACUAACAGAAUAACAAAGAGUAAAUGAAUGAAUUGUUGUCAUAUUGUUGCCGGCAUCAUGCUACCUUUGUUUAGACAACGAACGUGAAUUUCUCUCUGAAUGUUCUGAACUCCUGUUUCGAUGUCAGUGUUGUAUUAUGUGAGGAGGAAAGCAGGAGUUAUGCCAUAACAGAAGUAUCUGUGGAUGUAAUUCAUAUCUGAUGAACAAAGUAGUUGAUACAGAAUCAGCAGUGCCUCUGCUGGUUGCAGCUAGGCAGUGCACUCUAUCAACACAAACGACAGAAUUAUUAAAAGUCAGCCAUUUCAGUUAACUGUUAUAUUUUUUGGGGAUUUAAUGGGACGGGGGAGAAGUGUUUGUGGAGGUAGCCAAAAAUGCCAUAGCUGACAUCUCAUUGGUAUUAUUAUCAGCCAAUAAGCAGCAGCUAAGUACUGCGCUCCAUUUUGCCUCGACUGCAUCAAGACGACAUGAUAAAUCAGUUCCACGAUAGCCCAAAUUCUUAGCAGUUAUUAAAGAAUUGAAUAAAAUGGCCAUCCCUCGUGGUAAUCGUUAGGUCAGUGAUGUUUCUUCAGAAAAAAAGAGGGGGAAAUGCUACUAUUGUCCAGUGAUGUUCUCAGACAUUUGAUGAGUGAGUUAGUAAUCAUACAGUAUUUACCUGCAUAUAAUCAUUUGACAAGGAUAGAAAAAGCCAAAUAAACACGAUUUUUAAAACAAUGGUCUUGUGUCGGUUCUUAAUUGUUUCCACAAUGUAAACAGAGCUAAGGACGCAUGAUAUGACUUGAGAUUGGGAUACAAAAGACCAGUGUUCACAUCAAUGGAGACUUUAUGACCUGUGGCCACACUAUCCAACCAUGUAUGCUGGAGCCUAUCCCAGCUAGGUUGUCUAGAACCCGGAAGGUUGGUGGGUCAAUCUUUGCUCAAUCCAACCAGUCACAGUU